UGAUAACUGGGAAUAUAAGGGAGGCUUGUAUUAGCUGGUUGGCGUUGUUCAUACCUUGAACCGCCGAGUUCGCGACCACGCCUUAAACGGGUUCCAAACCUUCUUGUUCUUAAAUUUUAUACAUUUCGCCUAUUCAUUGAGCCAUCUUGUAGCGAUCCUUAGCGCAAUCACCAAACAAAACUGACGGCAACUCUCGCAUGAGCAGCUCGCUCCACCAGCUGCGGCUGGCAUCAUGCCGAGAAUGCUCAACAUCUUAUAUACACGUCUUACGUCCUAGUAAUAGAUGCCAUCUGGUCGUGGGCCGCCGCGACUUCCAACAUCAGCGAUUGCAUAGAGCGAAAGUAGCCGGCAAUGAUGCCGCAGCUGUAUAUCCACCAAGCGAUGAAGGCGCUGGUAGCCUUGGACCUUCAACUAGGGAUCAUCCAGACCCAGCCUUGAGAGAAAGCCUCGGGAGGGAGUGCUCCGGACAGCCCGCGAAACAGCCUUCGGCGAACAUUUCCCAGGAGGGCCUGCCAAAGGUUCCAUGGGGGCUGGGCAAGGUCUUUCAGGUCAUGACGCUCUGGCUGCUAGCCUACAUCAUCAUCGGCCACGUCAUCGUACCGCUCAUCCUCAGCUGCCUCGGCGUUGACCGGUUGGAGUUGACCGUACGAAGCCAUGCCGUGCUGCACCUCUGCCUGGACCUCUCCCAGCUCAUCAUCACACUCAGCAUCCUCUGGUCUUGUCUUCGCGAGUUCCGCCCGCUCAGCUUGGGUCUCUUUCCUGUGCGCCUCCGCGGGCUUUGGCCAUUGGCCGUAGUGCUGUGCUGCGCCUCCUUUCCUCUCGUCGACUGGCUGGCACACCAAAGCAUGGGCUGGUUUCCUUUCGAGCCUGACGCGAGCUGGGCUUCGAACCUUGAGCAUUCGCUGUCGGUCGGCGACUGGGUUACGAACGUGGUGUAUUUUAGCGUGGUGUCGUUGUGCGCGCCGAUUUGGGAAGAGGCGAUUUUCCGUGGGUUUCUGUUAACUUCGUUGGCGCGCUACAUGCCGACGCCGGCGGCAGUAGCGGUGAGUUCUGUGGUGUUUGCGUCGUGUCACUUUCGCAUGCAGACGUUCCUGCCGCUGCUCGUCCUGGGGGUGGUCUUUUCGGGUGUGUUUAUCCGGACUAAAAACCUGAUUCCGCCCAUCCUGUUGCACAGCGCCUGGAACAUGUAUGUGCUGGUAACGCUCGUGCUGCGACCCGGGUAA